UUAACGGGGGAUAAAAAGUGGUUCUAAGGUUGAACUGUAUCGUAACGUGUCACGAAAGCAGUUGGCAAUGUUACACGUCAUGUUAAUGGUGAUGACAGCGGCUGGGGGGCGUUAGAGUGGCCGUGUUACGGCUCUUUAAGAAGGGAAUCUUCACAUCACACUCGCUCACAUCUCGAGGCGCCGGGGGCACGGGACGCCGACAAGCUCGAGCCUGAGCCUGAGCUAACGACUCUACCACAGAUGUACUGGAGAAGUUUUUAAUUGCAUGAAAAGUACCGCAUACCUGGACUUAUCAUGUCACAGUUGGAGCUUGUUGGUCUCUUAAUGAGACUAUUCACACAGCGGUCCUUUUGAGGAGCGUGACAAGUUUGGCUUAACUUGCGACUGGACGACGCAGGACCCCGGCUAACCCACCGCCAGCCGUCAGCUAGCAGCAGGCUAACUAACCUAACCUGACCUGAGCUGACCUAGCCUAGCCUGAGCUAGCCCAGCCCAGCCUAGCCCAGCCCGAUGAACCGGGCUCCCAAAGUUUUUAUGUGAAGCAAACUGGCGACUUUUGAGAAACGGAGCUGUCAUGACGCAUUCCUCAGUCCUUUCAACUUUGUUUAAAAUGGCAGACGACAUUGAACUAAUAGGAGCGUCUGAAUAUAUUAAAGAUCGAUUAUAUUUCGCUACGUUACGCAGCAAGCCCAAAAGUACAGCAAACACACAUUACUUCUGCACAGAUGAAGAAUUUGUCUACGAAAACUUUUAUGCAGAUUUUGGACCGCUCAACCUAGCCAUGGUGUAUCGGUACUGCUGUAAACUCAACAAAAAACUCAAGUGUCUGUCCACAUCUGCGACUAAGUUGUCUUUGUUUGAUGGCUGGGAGAGCUGGCGCUGGAUCGGCGGAGAGAGCUUGGUCUGCUGCGUCCUGUGGGCCCAUGGAUCUUGGCCCUGCCCAGAGCUGUGCCUGAAGUCUUUCACACUAACCAAGAAGAGAAUUGUCCACUACACCAGUUUUGACCAAAGGAAGAGAUCCAAUGCUGCGGUGUUGAUUGGAGCUUAUGCUGUGAUGUAUUUAAAGAAAACUCCAGAGGAGGCCUACAGAGCUCUGGUCUCGGGCACCAAUGCCUCCUAUCUGCCCUUCAGGGAUGCCUCGUUUGGAAGCUGCAUGUACAACCUAACGAUUCUAGACUGCUUACAAGGAAUCCGGAAGGCUCUGCAGCAUGGUUUCUUUGACUUUGAGACAUUCAGUGUGGACGAGUAUGAACAUUAUGAGCGAGUGGAAAAUGGAGACUUAAACUGGAUUGUCCCGGGGAAGUUACUUGCUUUUAGUGGACCACAUCCCAAAACUUUAGUAGAGAACGGGUACCCACUUCACGCUCCAGAAGCCUAUUUCCCCUACUUUAGGAAACACAACAUCACAACAAUCGUACGGCUCAACAAGAAGAUCUAUGACGCCAAGCGCUUCACAGAUGCCGGCUUCGACCACUAUGAUCUCUUCUUUGUGGAUGGGAGCACGCCCAAUGACGACAUCACCCGUCGCUUCCUGCACAUCUGUGAGAGCACCGAUGGAGCUGUGGCAGUACACUGCAAGGCGGGUCUUGGCCGCACGGGCACUCUGAUUGGUUGUUACCUGAUGAAACACUACCGCUUCACAGCAGGAGAAGCCAUCGCCUGGAUACGGAUCUGUCGGCCGGGCUCUGUGAUUGGUCCACAGCAACACUUCCUGGAGGAGAAGCAGAAGAUACUGUGGAUGCUGGGAGGAGGCCAGCGCUCCCACAACAAGCUGGUUGAGAAGGCAGUUCCUUACCUCAUCUCUAGCAUGGAUGACCUCAGCCUAAGCCCCUCCCACAAUGCCUCCAUGUGCAGAUCCCUGAGCUCAGACCAGCUGCAACAGAAUGAGUUUGAUGACAGCAGGAUUUGUGUCACCCAGGGAGAUAAACUUCGUGCCCUGAAAGGCCGGCGUCAGCCCCGCUCAGCCACCACAGGAGCUCUAAGACUAGAAGAGAUGAAAAUCCACAGCAGAUCAGCAUCCCAACCACUCAGAAUGAAAAUGGGGGUGUCCCAGGGUCCUGCCUCCCCCCUAAAGUCCUCCAGAGUCCCAGCAUUCUCUGCUUCUGCUGCAGUCAAAAGAAUCAGCCGAAGUCCAUCCUCGUCUGCCUCCAACCUCAGGAACAUCUCCAUCAACUCCAGGCUCGCCAGUUCCCUUGGUGACCUGUACAUCACCGAUGUUACCCCCAACCCCCCCUCCCCCUUCCCAACCUACAUGCCCUCUGCUGGCCGACCGUCCCUUGGCCUAGGGGGUUUUGGCAAUGGGCUCCAUAAAACUCAACAUGAAGUCAACAACAACAGUCAGUAUGUGGCUCCUCCUGGUGGCAGUUCAGGUCCAGGGAAAAGCCAAGGCUUCGGCCCCCCUACUACUGCCCUCCAUCAUACAGGCCAGCUCUGGCAUCACGACUUUGGCCCCUACAGACCCCCAGCCCCUUACAGUGGUCUGAAGGGACCCUCAGGCCGGUACCUCAGCCGCUCCAUUCCUUCACUUCAGGCAGACUACAUUGAGUACUAAAGCUGUCUAGCUGCCCUGAAACACUACGAGGGACCUCCUCUGCACCUCCCCUCUACUCUCAUUGGAUGCAACAAGGGAACAAAAGGGAAGCGAACCUGCCAAAAUAUGUUUGUCAGGUUGGUUUAUCACCUGGAACACAGUGGUGGUGUCCGGACUGUAUUGGUAUCUGACAUCUAUGUAGAAGCUCCCAAGGGCUCAUGGGUAUUUUCUGAAGGCAGAUUCCAGGUCUUAUUAUUUCUUGGAGUCGCUGCCGACAGAAAACUGCUGCUCUGUCAGUUUUGGCUGCUACACUGUGUGUUGUUUUCUAGCAGACCACUGGGGUCCCACACCAUAUAUAUGACUAAAUGGUUUGUGGAGCCACAAUAACACCAGCAGUAACCUUGCUUACUCACCGUUUCCUCACUUUUUAUUUAUAUUUUACUUUUUACUGCUAUUGUAGGUCAUUUACGUGUCUGUAAAUAAUCUUUAGUCUACACUCAUGAGUUUAGUUUGAAAAAAGGAUAUAUUUAGCCAAAAGGGUUUUAUAUUUCUCUACAUAAUAAUAAAGGGUUACAUAUUUUUGGAUUGACGAUACUUCAGUGUUGAAAACGGCACUAACCAGCACUAAAACAGUGCUGGUUAGUGUUUGAGUUAAGUUUGUAGAGUGAGCUCUACAUAAAGAAAUCGGUUCACAGUCUCAUGUGGAAACAACGGGUGCAGUAAUGAACACCAUGCAAUAGAAUGCUCUAACCAAGUCAUCUGAUCAAUUGAUUGGUUUAAUUGGCCUGUCCUGUCGUAUGAAGCCAAACCUUCAGCUGAAGGUGCUGAAGCAGCAGCAGCUGAAGCAGCAGCUGAAUCAGCAGAAGCUGAAGCAGCAGCAACUGAAGCAGCAGCUGCAGCAGCAGAAGCUGAAGCAACAGCAGCUGAAGCCGCAGCAACUGAA